UCCGCUCCAACUGGUCCAAACGAGUGUCCGUAGUAGCAAUCAUGGCAGUGUUGUUAGGACUAUUCACAGGAUUUUGUUUUACAGUGAUUUGUGUUAUAGUGCGGCUUCUGAUUGUGAUUCGUUCUGGAUCAAAAUGUAAACCUGGAGAGAAAGGUCCCGUCUGCGUGCUUAUCGUUGCUGGAUCAGGGGGACACACCACUGAGAUCCUGCGACUGAUGGAGAGUCUCUCUCAGUCCUACAGCCCAAGACACUAUAUAAUCGCAGACACAGACAAGAUGAGCGAAGACAAAAUACGCACCUUUGAAAACUCAAAGAAAGACACUGGUUCAAAAGGCCAGUUUACCAUCCAGCGGAUCCCUCGAAGCCGUGAGGUGCGGCAAUCCUGGAGUUCCUCUGUGAUCUCCACUCUAAACGCUCUGCUCUACGCCGUUCCUCUGGUGUUCAGGCUCAGGCCAGACAUGGUGCUGUGUAACGGCCCUGGGACCUGCGUCCCUCUGUGCGCGGCAGGACUUCUCCUGGGCCUCCUGGGAUUGAAGAGAGUCCUGCUCGUCUACGUUGAGAGCAUCUGCAGAGUGGAGAGCCUAUCCCUGUCCGGGAAGAUCCUCUAUCACAUCUCGGACUACUUCUUUGUGCAGUGGUCCACCUUGAAAGACAAAUACCCCAAAUCAAUUUACCUCGGAAGGAUAGUCUGACUGAAUAGACUAUCUGGGGGGGGAGGGGGGGGUUUACUGAUACUAUUUCAUCAUGUUACAAACGGGAAAACUUUGCUCUGAUAGAUCAUGUUUAAUAGUUUGCCUGCUUGAUGGACUGUGAUGUACAUUUUUCUACAAACUACAAUGUGAAUACUUUGGAACAUCGAGCCCUAUACAUAAUCUAUAGAUAAUCUAUAGAUAAUCUAUACAUAAUCUAUACAAACUACAAUGUGAAUACUUUGGAACAUCGAGCCCUAUACAUAAUCUAUAGAUAAUCUAUACAUAAACUGUAGAUAAUCUAUAGAUAAUCAUACAUAAUCUAUACAUAAACUGUAGAUAAUCUAUACAUAAUCUAUACAUAAUUUAUAGAUAAUCUAUACAUACACUGUAGAUAAACUAUAGAUAAUCUAUACAUAAACUGUAGAUAAUCUAUAGAUAAUCUAUACAUAAUAACUAUGUAAAGCUCUUUUGGACCACUUCAAUGUGUUAUGAAAUGGUGCUUUUAUUACAUGGUGCUGUGUACAGUGUAAAGAAAUACUAAAUGGUAUUAUUCAUACCUGAUAUGUAGCUACAGUAGAUCUGACUUGAGUGAGGUGUUGUUGUCACUACCAUUGUGAAUAAAUUACAUUACCUAAA